UUGCGCAGCUCCUAACUUUGCGCGUUUUGAAAUGUUUUGUAUAAUAAAUCAUUGAUCACGAAAUUUCCAAAUAUUUCAAUGAUGACACGACUUUUGUUUAAGUAUCAAUAAUAUUUGGUACAACUUUUUUCCUCAAAAAGUUCUGUCAGAUGGAAGAAAAAAAAUAAACAACGCUGAGUGGAGACGUGAAAACGUCAAAUUUGCAUAACCUUAACACAUUUGCUAAGAGUAGUAUACACAAAAACCUGAUUAUUUUCGAAUAAAAACUUAUCUUUUUUGAAAAAAUUACCGGUGAAUUGACAGUGCAGGUAAUGUUUAAGGAUUAUUUCUCAUAUUCGGAAUGAAAUUCUCGAUUAAAUACGAGAAAAGUGAUGCGCAAAGUUCGGAAUCAUUGUUUACGUUAUGUUCUUAAUAUUUGCGCAUUUGCAGAAAAUCGGAAUGGCGCGUAAGUACAUGGCUUAUCCUGCUGCUCAAGUAGCGAAAGCUGUAAAUCUCGUCAGGAAUGGGCAUCCCAUUCGCCGGGCUGCUGCAACCUGCAAGGUUCCGGAGAGUACAAUUCGAGUCAGGCUAAAGAAACCGUGUCAAAAUCCCGGAAGACCUCCUGUACUGUCGAAGGAAGAAGAAAUGCAUAUUGUCAAUUGGAUAAUUAGCAGUGCGAAUGUUGGACUUCCGGUGGAUGGACAGAGGCUGAAGACAUCCGUGGCACAUUUGUUCAAGUUAUCUGGCAAAAAGAAUCCAUUCAUGAAAGGAAUUCCCGGUCGAAAGUGGUUUGCAGGAUUUCUCAAGCGGCAUCAACAAAUCUCUCGGCGUAUACCUAGUGCUCUCUCAAAACAACGUGUAACUGUGACAGAAACGAAAAUACGCGCAUGGUUUGGUCACAUUCAGUCGUAUUUCGAUAAAAAUCAGCUACACCAUGUUGCAGCUGAUCCAUCCCGUGUAUUUAACAUGGAUGAAUCGGCCAUCCGUUUAGUACCAACAAGGGAGCAAGUACUGGCGAAGACCGGUGAAAAAUACGUACACACAAAAUGCGCCAAUUCUGAUAAAGAAGCCUACACCACUUUGUUUGCUUCAAACGCAGAUGGUAUUCUCGCACCCCCUCUGGUACUUUUUCCCUACAAACAAAGAUUGCCGGCCGAAAUAGUACGUGAGGCACCGCCCGGUUGGUCAGUCGGAAAGACUGAAUCAGGAUGGAUGAACCGAGAGACGUUUUAUUAUUAUUUGAAGAAUGUUUUUCAUCCUUGGCUUUUGGCGACCAAAAUUCAACUUCCCAUCAUCGUAUUUGUAGAUGGACACUCGUCCCACGUCUCUUACCAAACGACAGAGUUCUGCAGAGAAAAUGGAAUUGAGCUGAUUUGCCUGUUCCCAAAUGCCACUCAUAUCCUACAGCCACUGGAUGUCGGAUUUUUCAGAGCACUUAAAUCCAGUUGGAAUAAGCGACUAAUCGAGUGGAGAACUCUACAUGCCGGAGAUGCCAUCACGAAGCACGAGUUUACACCACUACUUAAAAAAGCUGUCGAUGACAUGCUCAACAUAAAAACAACAUUGCGAAAUGCUUUCAGAAAAUGUGGUCUUGUUCCAUGGGAUCCGAACGCCGUGAAUUUCUCGAUGGUUCUUCAACCUCAGCAUUCGGAACAAGGCAAUGAUGGAGCAUGUAUUGAAUCUUCACAGGAAGGCAGUACUCACACCAACUUACUAACAGAUCUCGAGAACUACCUCAAUGUUGGACAGUUAAAGCUAUUCAUCAAACACAAAGCAGAUCUUGAAUGGCCAGGACCGGUAGAAGACAAAAACUUAUUCCAUGUCUGGCAGCGAAUAAUAAAAAAAAAUGCGAGGUCACAAAUUCAACAGACGAAUCUCACUAGCCAAAUGAUGCAUUCCAUGGAUUUGAUGAAUCGUUUCUUGAAGAAAACUUUACUGCUUAUGCUUGCAGACGAGCGUCAGAAAACAGCGACCUUCUUAAAUUUUGAUUUGCCACGACCAUCUCAAACGACCUUUCUUGAAGAGACGACAAAUACAUCAAAGAGUUCGUUACAGCCGGUGUGUACGCAGGAUAGAGAAGAUUUUAUGGAGAGAGCAUUCCGUAUACCGACUGUAUUCGCAAAACCACCGAAGUGCCAGAAGUUACUACGACCACGUCCACCAACAGUAGCCACCAGUGACGAGUUCAGAGAGUGGUUAAUAACGACGGAACUGAAUAAGGAAAAUAAGGAACGGGAACGCGUAGAGAAAAAAGCUGCCCGAGUGAAGAAAAGUGAACAGAAGAAGAAAGCUAAAACUGGAGGAAAAGCAAAAACUACAAAACCUCGUAUGUAAUCCGAAUUCAGGAUUGUAAAUAGACAAAACAUUAUUUGCAAUCACUUGUAUUAAUCAAAAUCAUAAUAAAGAAUUCUGCAUAUUUUUGAGCUCUUCUCUGUGAUGUAAUAUAAUUGAUAAAUAAGGUUGUAAUAUUCAAUACUAUUUCAAGUGCGCAAAGUUGGGAACAAUUUGCGCAAAGUUAGGAACAAAUCAAAUUUUGUGCGCAAAGUUUGGUACAAGACAGUGAAUCUUUUUUUCGUAUUUUUUUCCGUUUAUAUCGCUCGUUUCUAAAAAUUCAAAAAAUGUAUUAAACAUAGACGAGACCCAGCUACCACGUACAACAGAUUUGGCGCAGAAAUGUUUAUUUUUCAAUUUUUUACAUCAAAAUACAUUUUAAAAUUCCUUAACUGC